UUAUUCUGCCAGAGGUGGUUGUUACACAAACCUGCCCAAAGGUUGUCCCAACUCCAAUCGGUGUCUCACUGAGAACAAACCAAGUAUGAAAACAAUACAGAAAAAAAAAGAUCCUGUAAAACCUCUCUGUGGGAAGCUGAAAUUGAGAAUGGAGAGUCUGAGGAAGUCGGACUAGCAUUUCUUAUGAAAGAAGCAAGGUCCAGGCGGCCGUGUAUUAGUUGGUAAAAUGAGGGGAGUGAUCGCCUAGCUUUGCCCACUGCUACACACCAAACCACUUCUGCGAGACCGCCAGCACUCAUGGCUGCGGGAAACGACCACCCCAGGGUCACCUACGCACUUCCUGCGCUCGCCAAGGUGCAGAGACGGAUACCGCAGGGGCCGCGCAGACCUUCCGGUCUGAGAAAGAGCCCAUUUCCGAUAGCUCCUCAAACCUACCCCGCCCCCGAUCGUCACCGCCUGGUGGCUUUCCUAUUGGCUGUUUGGAGCCGAACCAUAUUUCCCAGAGAGACCUGGGGCCGACCGACCACACGAGUGCUGCCAGCACGUGGAGGACUGGUAUCAACUCUCUGCUCGAUUCCGAGGCCGAUCAACAUAGAAAGCGGCUUUCACCGGCUCGACCUGCCUUUGCCGAGAGUCAUGCAGGCGAUCUCGAACUUCGUCUUUUGCAGGACAAACACUGCUCGCUCCGAGCGAGGAGACCAGACUUUCACGCCGGAAAUGAGUCACUGGGCGUGGCGUCACGGAAACGGAGGCGCCCAGCCUCCCAGAAGGCUUCGCGUCCGCGCGUCCUCUCAACUGAAGGCGGCGCUUUCCAAUGCUUGCCGGCGGCUAGUAAGGACACUCCAGAGGGCGAGGCGAGCGUCGGGCCCCCGUCCCUCGUUUUCCGGUCUUUGUGGAAGCCCAGGCCGCUGAGCCGUCUUCGGGCGGAGAGGCUCCGCGAGAUUUCAUACGGCCUCACCACCCAAGCCGGCUGUUGAAGUCAUGCAUCGUGUGGCUAAUCAGUGGUUUCUCUGUCUGCAGCGUGGCUCUCUGGCAGAUUUCCUGCCGUAAGAAGUGGCUCUAGCAGCCCCCAGUAAACGAGUGUGGUCUUUUGUUGUGAGGCACGAUGGCUACGAAAGUGGCUUCUAUAUCCCCAAAGCCAAAGCAGUCUCUUGUACUGAGAGUUCCUCCAGACUCCAAGCUGGGCCAAGACCUCCUUCAGGAUGCCACUAGUGGGUCCAAGAGCAUCCACCAGUUGGUGCUGGAGCACUUCCUUACCUUCUUGCCCAAGGCAAGCCUGGCCCAGCCCAAUCAGAAAGUCAAGGAGACUUUGGUUAUUAUGAAGGAUAUGAGUUCGAGCCUUCAGAACAGAGUGCAACCUCAUCCCUUAGUGAAACCUCUGCCCAGAGAAAGAGUCCAGCAGGAACAGGAGACAGUGUCUCUGUGUUUUAAAGCUGACUGUGAGGAGCUGGUGAUCUUUGAGGAUUUGAAUGUAUUUCAUUCCCAAGAAGAAUGUGUAAACAUGGAUUCUGCUCAGCAAUCCAGCUCAGAGAAGGAAGAUAACAGUAAUGUUGGGGAGAUGGUGUUACUGGUUAAUGACAGUAGUCCUGCAGGUGAAGAUCUUCAGAAGGAAGAUUGUAGAGAAAAGUCUUCAGAUAGUGAUGGGAUGGACUGUCUCUUGGUUUCUGAGCAGCCUUCAGGUUGCCUCGAAGAAAGAGUAAAUUCCUCUGUUCCACAGCAAAAGAAAUUGAGAAAUCUUUUAAUUACCAUUAAAAAUGAUACUCCACUAGAGGAGCUCUCAAAAUAUGUGGACAUCAGUGUUAUUGCUCUUACUCGAAAUCAGCGAACAAGGAGGUGGUACACUUGUCCACUGUGUGGGAAACAGUUUAAUGAAAGUUCUUACCUUAUUUCCCACCAGAGGACUCACACUGGAGAGAAACCCUAUGACUGUAGCCACUGUGGGAAAAGCUUCAAUCAUAAAACAAACCUCAAUAAACAUGAGCGAAUUCAUACAGGAGAGAAGCCUUACUCCUGUUCUCAGUGUGGGAAACACUUUCGUCAGAAUUCUCAUCGAAGUCGUCAUGAAGGAAUCCAUGUAAGAGAGAAGAUAUUUAAGUGUCCAGAAUGUGGGAAAACCUUCCCAAAGAAUGAAGAGUUGGUGCUUCAUCUGCAGAAUCAUGAGGCCAAGAGACCAUAUAGUUGCAGAAACUGUGGGAGAAGAUUUGGUAGACUGUCGAACUGUACCCGGCAUGAGAGAACCCACUCAGCAUGUAAGAACCGAAAGCACAAGUGAGACCAGGACAGAUCCUGCUGCAGCCCAAAAAGUUUUGUAAGGAAUUCUGAAUUCCUAGGCUGCUUAAAAAGAUACAGAUAUUUGAAAACCUCAUGAGAGUCAAGGUUGGGAUGAAUACCCAUGUUGGCCGAAACCUCAAAUUCUUAGUGAAUUCCCAGGGAAGAAAGCAUCUUCCCGGCUCUUUGGACUAAAGAGCAUUUUUAGUGAAGUUGUACAACAGUAUAUCGAUCACACAUCCAUUUUCCAAGAAGACUUUGAAUGUGUUUGGCUUGGGGCUGCUUACCUGUGUUUUUAUUGAAAUAGAACACACACACAAACACACACAGGAAUUUACACUUGAGAAAUAACACCAAGGUCCUUAUCUGGACCUGUGUUUCUCUCAAGCAAACUACUGAUUUGUUAGAGCAGCAGGUUCUCAUAGCACUUCAUGUAAUCCUCUGAACACCCUGAUAAAAUUUGAGUGUUGAAUUGUUUACUUUGGAAUGUAGGAAAACUGCAGCUUUUGAAUGUCAGAGACUUACUGUCAUGUGUAUGUAAUCUAAAAUAACUAUCAAUUUGAAUAACAUUUGCAAUUUAUGGUGAGAAUUGGUUGUUUUACAGAAAUCCUUUUCAUACUGUGUGUACUAUUCUUUCUGUGUUUUGUUCAGGCAUUAAUCUUUCAAACAACUGUCUUGUGCCUCUCCAUUGCCAAAAGCGUUUGGAUCACUUAGGUCUAGCCAUCCAGUCCUACUCGUGGAUAACUCUUGAGGAUCUUAUCCCUCUGCUAAGCCAAGACUUCGCCUGCUAGGAAGGACGCCUGAGGAGCCUGAACAGUAGGGAUGAACCUGAAUACGGGAAAAAGCUGGUGUGGAUCCAUGACUAAUCAAUAACCGUACUUAGACUUAAUUCUGCUUUAUGGCUCCAUGAAACUCUUGGCAAUAGAGCGCUUACUACCGCCCAAACCAGUUUUAAGAAAUUAUGUCUCUGAUUAUCUCCUAUUACCCCACAAGAAACAGGAUUCCAAGUGUCUCCAUUGUAAUGUAUUGUUGGUGUCUUUGACCUCCUGCAAACCAGACCCUCCUGUGCUUUCUGCUUGGUGGCAGAGUCAGCGGUGCCUUCACAGGACCCCUGCUGUGGUGCAGUUAGGGAUUCUUGGUCAGUUUGCUUCAUUUUGUUUCCUGAAGUCUUACAUUGGUAUUUUGGGUUGAAGGCGUUCAUUCUAUAAACUAUUUGAGAAAGUUUAUUCAUGUUUAUAGAUUUUGUUUCCCAUCAAAAAACAUGCUUUUCUACAUUAUUACAGUAUUAUGUAUCUGAGUAAAUUUUUCUAUUUUUUCAUUAAAGUUCUGUGCAAUUUUGUUACUGUAAAUAGCUUCUCCCAUUAUACUUUUCUAGUUGCUUAUUCUUACAUAGAAAAGUUUUUAAAAAUAUAUUUGUGUAACUAGCCAUCUCA